CCUCUUCGGUAAGAAAGCAUCAAAAUGGUGGCUUCCGGUCUGGCCGUGGGCCUCAACAAGGGGCAUGUCGUCACCAAGCGGGAACAGGCUCUGCGCCCAUCGCAGACCAAGGGGCGCCUUGGCAAGCGCGUGAAGUUCGUGCGCGAGGUGAUUCGCGAGGUUGCUGGCCUGGCCCCCUAUGAGAAGCGCAUUAUGGAGUUGCUGAAGGUUGGCAAGGAUAAGCGCGCCCUGAAGGUGGCCAAGCGGAAGCUGGGCACCCACAUUCGCGGCAAGCGGAAGCGGGAGGAGCUCGCUGGCCUGAUGCGCAAGAUGGCCAAGAAGUAAAGCUUGUUGGCUACAUCUCUGAGGGGAGAACCAUGUUGUAACGUGGUUGGCUGUGACUUGUUUCUGUCCGCUUUU